AUGGCCAAGCACGCCGGCAAGGACGCCUUCCACCUCCGCGUGCGCGCGCACCCCUACCACGUCCUCCGCAUCAACAAGAUGCUCUCCUGCGCCGGCGCCGACCGGCUCCAGACGGGCAUGCGCGGCGCCUUCGGCAAGCCCACGGGGAUGUGCGCCAGGGUGCACAUCGGCCAGGUGCUGCUCUCCGUGCGCUGCCGCGACGUGCACGCGGGGCACGCGCAGGAGGCGCUGCGCCGGGCCAAGUUCAAGUUCCCCGGACGACAGAGGGUCAUCGUCAGCGGCAAAUGGGGCUUCACAAAGUUUAAGCGCCAAGAGUAUCUCAGGCUCAGGAGCGAGGGCCGCAUCGUCGCCGAUGGUGUCAACGCCAAGUUGCUCAGUUGGCAUGGGUCGCUCGAGGGUCGCCAGAGGGGCAGAGGUGUCUUUCCACCCUCCACCGUAGGAUCGGCUUGAAGAUUCAUUCAAAACAGGACGUGUCAGCCUUCCAUGGAGCCCUGAGUAUUACCACUGUCAUGAGCGGGCAAAUAUUUACGAUGGAGUAUAUGCCAGUACUAGCUCAAGUUUGCAGCACGCCUUACCGACCUGUUUAGCCGUUAAACAUGUUGCCAGCUUGGUUAUUCAUAAAUAAAGGCGCUUUGGUUUGUAAACAGGAUUCCAUGUGUAUUACACCAGUUUCAAGAAAGUUGUCAUACUUUACCUAGUUUAUCUU